AUGAUACUUUUCUUUGGUUAUAUAUUAUUUUCAUGGGGAACUCUUUUUGAUACAUUAAUUAUUGGAUAUCAUACUCCUCGUCAAGUAAUAAUUGGAAUUGUUUUAGGGAUUUUAUCGACUUUCUUAUAUCAGUUAUUCAUUCUAAUACCAUUUAAAUUUCAAAGCUUAUUAAAUUCUUUAUUUCUUAUUAUUGUAACAGGUUGUUAUUAUAUAUUAACUCAUGAAGUUUUAAAUGGAAUAGAAUGUGCAGUAGCUAUUACUUCUUUAGUACUUACUGUAGUUAUUGAGUAUUAUAAUAAUUACCAACAUAUAAACACUACAACAAUGUUAAUUUGA